AUGCACGCCGUAGAGCUAUCAUCCGUCGUCUUAAUUCAGUGCAUGUAGUCUCUGGCGCUGUGCGAACCAGCCGCGGACAGAUCGGUUGCAGCCAUGUCUCGUUUUGCUGCAGCAGUGCUGCUGCAAUGCUGCACUGCAGCUGCGCUCGAAGCACCGCUACGUGCGCUGCGUGCAGGCCUCAUCGAUCGCACGACCGCGACCGCACUCAUGCGAUCCGCAACGGUCCGAUUCGACGCCGACGGCUGGGCCCGCGACGCCGCCCGGUCGCUGCGGGACGAGGGCUUCUGCGUCGUGCGCGCGGGCGGCGCGCAGAUCUCGGACCGCGUGCUCGAGCGCUGUCGCACCGUUGCGUCCGCACGUCUCUGCGACUUGCUCGCGCGAGUUGGUCGACGCGGCGUCGAGCUGUGGCGGCGGGACGACAGUGGCCUGGCUGCAGACGGCGUCGGGGUGGACGCCGCCGCGGGCGCCGAGCCGUUCCGAUAUCUCGAGCUUGUGCAUCGGGAAGGUACUGGCCGCUAUGAUAUGCCACUGCCCUGGUGCGUCGACGGGCAGGCCGGCGACGUGAGCCUACCUGUGGCGGACGAGGCCGCGUUCGGAGAACUUCACGCCGCAAUGGAUGACGUCGCACGGCCGGUGGUCAGCGAGCUGUGGCCCGUGAGCGCCGAGAUGAGAGCCGGCUGCGUCAUCUCGGAGCCCGGCGCGUUGGCGCAGCCGUCGCACCGCGACGGGCCCGACGGCCUCGUGACCGUGUUCGCUCCCCUCACGGCCUUCGUGCCGCGGAACGGCCCGACGGAGCUCUCGCCCGCGACGCACCGCGGCGGCGACGACUCUUCGAGCUUGGCGCCCCUGCUGCAACCUGGUGACGUGCUCCUCUUCGACUACCGGUGCCUGCACCGCGGCCUCGCGAACCAGGGCGAUUUCCGACGAGAGGUCGCGUACGCGGUCUAUUCGAGGCAGGGCGUGCGAGAUAUCCAGAACUUUCCGAGUGCCACGACGCUGGAGUACGACUAG